AUUCCAUCCCCGCGCACGCAACCGCAGUAACCGGUGGCGGCUUUCAACUGCUACGCAUCGAAGCGACGCCGUUUCACCCCCACAGCCGGUAACUCCCAGCUCCUCCAUCACCGGCUACGCCGGUACCUCGUAGAUUCUAACCCCCUCCAUAGUUAUCUACAAUAUUCUUUUAUGUCGUAUUAUAAUACUUCUCGAUAAAUCUCCAAUCACUAUUCUCCCUCAACCUCUGUUUGUUCCGCUCGAUCGUUAUCUCCACUCCUUUUUCUGAGCUAUUGGUGGGUUGGCAGUCCUGUAAAUGGCCGAUAAUGAAGAAGCGAAGGAAAUUGGCUCAAGAGGAAAUGAGUGGGAAGUUGUAUCACUUACUGCGUCAGCAUAUGCUGCUGCUCCUGGACCCGAACCAGUUGACUCAAGUGAAGAUAGUGUGACGAAGUUAGAUAAGCAUGAGGGUGAAACGUCAAAUGCCAUGUUUAUGUCUGGGCACUUUGUUUUUCCUCCAAACCAGCACGAGAAUUUGCCAAUUGAACCUGAAUUUAGCGAAGUGGACAGUGAAAAGGGUGGAGAAGAUGAUGUUUCUCAGUUGGGUAUAGAGGAUAGAGUUAAAUCAGAUCCGAAGGAUGAAGACAGUGCAACUAUUGAAGAACUCAUGACUGAGGAGUUUCCUGGAAUUCAGGUACUUGAUAUAAAAGGUAGCACACUAUCUCUCGGUGGAGCGGAUCUGGGAAAAGAUAUGGCCUUUGACAAAGCGCAAAGUAUUUACACCCCUUCGGAGUUUAGUUUGUUUAAUAGUGAAACGACCAUCGGCAUAUCCAAUAAUAGUGGGGACGGUGCAGGAACUGAUGAUUCAAUUGAACCUCUUGAUGGUUAUGUGGAUCCUGCUGACUUGCCAAAUUUCCAGAAGGCUAAGGAGGGGGGCAAAUAUGAUGAUGCUGACCUUCCUUGUGAAGCUUGGUGGAAAAGACGGGCCUUAUCUGUGUAUGCUCAUGCGAAAGAAGCAAAUACAGUCUGGUCUAUUUUCCUUGCAGCAGCUGUUAUGGGACUUGUAAUUAUCAGCCACCAGUGGCAGCACGAGAGGUGGCAGAUUUUGCACCAAAGGUUACAGUUUGGUAUUAAUGAUGAGAAGAUGAGCAGGUUGCUUGCUCCCAUAUCCCGCUUUAAAGACGUGGUAAUUGGUGGCCACAGACGGGGUUCACUGAUUAGAGGGAGCGCCUCAUCAGAUCGCUAAGAUGAUGACGAAAAGUUUCUUUAGGGAUGUUAAAAUCGAAAUCGGUUGCGGAGAGAUGGCGUGUACUAAUGCCACAUACCAUUGGUCGAGGCCUGUCCACAAUUGUAUACGUACAAGUAUAGUUGUAGAACGUACUAUGUCGAAGACUCUGUAACGUUGUACACGUAUAUUUUUAUAAUACUACAAAUUUGCACAUUCCUUGAGAAACAUUGUGUGUUCACACACAAACUCUCACUCAUGUGCAUAAACAUGGUGGAUUCUGAAACAUAAUUAUUGGGUCUGCAAAACCAUAAAUAUUUUAAUAUAAA